UGUAAAUGGCGGGUGUUUCGUAAAUAGCUGACGGAGGAAAUUACCCACAUAACGAACUGCGUUAACGAAUUGAAGGUUAACUAGUCGUUCAUCAGAUAAACUGGAUGUUUACACAUGCAGACGUAUGUGUAAACGUUUUGAACACAUAUAUUCACCAUGGCUGCAGAAGAAAAAAGGAUGAUACAUGGAGUACAAGUUUUAUUCCCAUGUAAACCAUAUCCUUCCCAGUUCAGUAUGAUGGAAAAGGUGAUCAAGGGAGUAGAGAGAAAACAGAAUUGUUUAUUGGAAAGUCCAACGGGAAGUGGAAAAAGUCUUGCCCUUUUAUGUUCUGCUCUUGCCUGGCAAACAGCGGAAUAUGAAAAGAAAAGAAUUGCAGAAGAAGCACAUUCAGCAUCAGUAUCGGAUGAAUCAAAAAACUGUACCUGUCAGAAACCUAAGGAAUUGACCCCUCCAAAAAACAUGGACAAAAACGAUGAUAUACCUUCCACUCAGGAAGUGGUCCAGGCUGCUGCUGAUCUGAUUUCUGUUGGAGACAGUGAUGAUGGUGACUUCAAAGAUUCCUCCUCUACUAAGUUUAAAACACCUGGGAACUCUGAUAAGACAAAGCCUAAGCGGACCCACCAGAACAUCUCCUAUGAGGUAUCACCUCCUGUAGGAGGGGAAGAGAGUCGUGCUGACAAUACCAUGUGCUGUGCAUGUUCUUGUAAACAGGAGAUGUCCACAACCAAGAGGAAGUACAUAGUGCCGAAGAUUUACUUUGGAACUAGAACCCACAAACAGAUAACACAGAUUGUACGUGAGCUACGCAAGACGGCCUACAAGGAGGCAAGAAUGACCAUACUCGGCAGCAGAGAACAUACAUGUAUUCAUCCGGCCGUGUCUAACAUGAAGGGAAAGAAUGAAGGCUGUAAGGAACUACUGGACGGUCCUGGCUGUAAGUUUAAUGACCGUGUAAAGAAGGUGUUUGCCUGCCAAGGUUACAUCAAGGACCUCGGACUGACAGAGGCGUGGGAUCUGGAGGAUAUCGUCAAUGUGGGCCGGGCAAAGACUGCUUGUCCGUACUAUGGUACCAGGAGUCUGAAGAAGGAUGCCGACAUAAUAUUUUGUCCUUACAAUUACCUCAUAGACCCCAUCAUCAGGGAGGCAAUGGAGAUCAAUGUAAAAGACCAGAUCAUCAUACUGGACGAGGCUCACAACAUGGAGGACGCGGCUCGAGAGGCUGCGAGUCAGACCAUCACUUGUGACCAACUGGAGAAGGCUGUCAAGGAACUGAACGAAAUGAUUUCCUAUGAACUGAAGACGGCUGACCACCUGAGAAUAGUUCAGAUGUGUAAUGGUCUGAUCAAGUUUAUGGAGGAUAAUGAGGCCAGUCUUCAGCAGCAGUCUUAUGACCAGGCGUACAGAUGUUGGUCAGGAUACGACAUCGUAGCUCGCAUGGACCAACUGGGGAUCGGGCCAAAACACUUCUCAUACGUUAAAGCUGCCUACAUCAAGGUGAAGGACACAGAGGAUGAACCUAAGGUGUUUAAUAAUCAGGGUCAGGAGGUCAAACUGAGCAAACCUGUUCUCAUCACACUGGAGGCCAUUCACAAAGUAUUAGAUUACCUGUACAGGGAAGACCUCAAAUUUGUACCUGAUUACAGGGUUGCCAUUGUCAAAACAACCUCUUAUGUGUCAAGUAGGGACACGAACAACAGCUGGCUAAACUCCAGAAAACAGAGAGGAGGUAUGCGGGCAAUGCCGGUCACAGUCAACAGCCUCAACUUCUGGUGUAUGAACCCUGGUGUGGCAUUCUCCGAUUUCAAUGAUACAAGAAAUGUUGUGCUAACCAGCGGAACUCUGUCUCCAAUGUCGUCGUUUGAGUCCGAGCUGGGGGUGCCAUUCCCGAUAAAGCUGGAGGCCAACCAUGUUAUAGAAGAUAAGCAGGUUUGGGUAGGAGCUGUUGGCCAUGGACCUAAAGGUGGAUCCCUACAGGCUGUCUACAAAACCAUGGAAACAUUCAACUUCCAGGAUGAACUCGGCGAACUGGUGCUCAAGGUCUGUCAGAAGGUGCCACAUGGAGUCCUGAUCUUCCUGCCUUCAUACAAAGCGCUGCAGAAGUUCUCUGAGAGAUGGAAGAAUACUGGUUUAUGGGCAAAAAUUGAAAAGAAAAAGAAAAUACUGACUGAACCGCGCUCGUCAGACAAGGUUGAUUUUGAGUGCCUGAUGAAGGAUUUCUACAACACAAUAGACUGGUGCCAAGAGGAGGAUGGAGAGAUGGAUGGGGCACUGUUUAUGGCGGUGUGUCGGGGAAAGGUGAGCGAGGGACUGGACUUUGCGGAUAACAAUGCUAGAGCAGUGAUCACAGUUGGGAUUCCUUUCCCAAAUAUCAAGGAUGUUCAGGUGAAGUUAAAGAAAGAGUAUAACGAUAUGCACAGGAACACACGUGGAUUGUUGUCGGGGACCGAAUGGUAUGAGAUCCAGGCAUUCAGAGCACUGAAUCAAGCCCUGGGUCGCUGUAUCAGACACAGAAAGGACUGGGGAGCUCUGAUCUUAGCAGACGAGAGAUUUGUCAGAGACAGUCCCAGAUACUGCAAAGGUCUCUCUAAGUGGAUAAGAAACAAGGUGCGGCCAUUCCAGGGAUUCUACACAGCUAUGGACUCCCUCACCACCUUCACCGAGACCUGCAUCAGAGAUAUGCCAAAAAUUGAUCCAAAUAUGUCAUUCAUUCCUGGAACCCCUGUCACUCCUGGUCCUCAAGUCUCCCUGUCCCACCUGUCCCCAGCUACCUCCACACCAAUAUUAAAACAAGCUGCUAAACCGAAGAAGAACUUCUCAAUCUUCACGCCAAUCAAGCCAGGCAAGGGCAUUGUCAACCAAUCAAAUCAAAGCUUGCAAAGCACCAAUCAGGAGGCAUUUAAGUUGAUAUCACCAACAGAGGCCAGUCAACAGAGCUUAUACAAUCAAAAUGAAGGGGAAAAUGUGGCAACACCAGUUAUACUACCUGGAACCAAUGAGAACUUAGAGACAGUUGUGUCGACGCCAAAUCACAAAACAAACCUCAGCCUUACCUGUACAGACAGGCAUGGUCAGCAUUCUUCCCAACCGACUCCCAGAAGGUCCAAAUAAAAGUCAGGUUCGGCAACACUAUCUAAUAAUAGCAUGGGGGACUCGACAACUAGACAGGAUUCCUCCACCAAUCAGAGUGCUUCUAGCCUCAAUCUAUCCACUGAGAAAGUGUCGGACAAAAGUAGGAAUGAAAUCAGUGGAAACAGUGAAGAAUCCAAAAGCAGUAAAUUCUACAAGUUUUGUAAAUUGCCAGAAAAAUCAUUUGACAAAGUUGUGAAUAAAUCUGGAGAGUGUUCGGACUUGUCUUCUAAACGACCAACAACCCCCAACUUGUUUGAUGCAGACACACAGGCUGAUGAUGAGGACUCUGUUUGUAAACCAAUCACAGAUAAAACCAAACCGACACAGUAUAAUGAUACGAAAAUAAAAUCUGAAACACCUUUAAUUCGGAAACCCAUCUUUAGAAAAAAGAAUAACCCAGAAUCUGGAACAAAGAAAGAGGACAUGGACAAGGAAUCCAGCGAGGAUGACUUUAAAGUGAAGCAUAGAUCUGUAUCUGGGAAUGCUGACACUAAUUGUCCAGCAGAUAGGUCAAAGGUCGAGGAGGAGGAGACGCCACUGAAGACAAGGAGGCGAGGAACAAAACGCAAAAAUUAUAGUCGGUCGAAUACUUUAACCAGUAAACGCUCCAAAGGAGUCAACUUCCUGGACAAUAUAGACAGCUCUAAAGAAAACCUUCCAUCCGUUCAGUCCAGUUUGUUAUGUGGCAACUGUGGAAAAGUCAUCAUUCCAAACCUAAUAGAUUUUGAGAAGAGAUGGAGAACUCCUUGUUUCCUGAAAGGCCUGUCGCAUCAGGAGAACGCUGAAUAUAUCUACUGUGUGGUCACCAAACUAGACCAGCUUUGUCCUGUAGAAAUCAAUGUAGAAGGUAUAACAAUGAACUCUACAUGGUCCAGUGAGACUGGAUGUUGUGUACAAUACCUACGCUGUCGAGGCUGCUGUAAAGGAACAAAGAAAACAAGAUCGGACUCAGAAAUUAUUGGUGCCCAUAUUGUUAGUUCAUCGCAGGACAACAAGUUAUACAGUGUAGGACAGACCUGGCUUCUUUCAUCUGAAAUAAAAAUCAAGGAGGGUUAGAAAGGAGUCCAAAUUAGGAUUUUUCCUGAAGAUGUAGACUAUAUUUAAUGUGUGAUCAUCUACGUAAAACUAAAAAUGAACAUUUUUCAAGGUGUGAAGGUCACAUUGGUUUAUAGUGACCAGAAUCACAUUCACAGUGUAUUUCAAAACUGAUGCACCUAUUUAUGAAGAGGAGAACAGUCAUAGCACAACUCCACUGUUCCUGGUUAUAGUCCUGUUUCCAAUUGAAUAUCAAAUAAAUUAUUAUACCUUAUGAGUGUUCAUCUCUAGUCCAGAUCACUACUCGGAAGCUGUGCAUCGGAAUUGUGUUCAGUCUAAUGCUGACAUGCCUAGCUAGACAGCACAGUUAUGAUUGGGUUGCUGAGCACAAUUUCAGUAUUUUCUGUUAUCUAAGCUUUGCUUACAAAACUUGUUAAAUGUGUUUUAGAUUAAAAACAACAACCAUUUCAUUUAUGCCUAAACCAAAAAUUUGACGAAUCACAAUACAAAUGGCUAUUCUGAUAGGUCAAUAUUAUAGGUUAUAUCAUGCUUAUUUCAUCAGUUUAAUACACCUGUCAACACUUACUCUAUAGUACAGCAUCCUCAAUCCUUCUGGCUAUCAUUACUCUAUAGUACAGCAUCUUCAAUCCUUCUGGCUAUCAUUACUCUAUAGUACAGCAUCCUCAAUCCUUCUGGCUAUCAUUACUCUAUGGUACAGCAUCCUCAAUCCUUCUGGCUAUCAUUACUCUAUAGUACAGCAUCCUCGAUCCUUCUGGCUAUCAUUACUCUAUGGUACAGCAUAUAUCCUCAAUCCUUCUGUCUAUCAUUACUCUAUGGUACAGCAUCCUCAAUCCUUCUGGCUAUCAUUACUCUAUGGUACAGCAUCCUCAAUCCUUCUGGCUAUCAUUACUCUAUAGUACAGCAUCCUCAAUCCUUCUGGCUAUCACUACUCUAUAGUACAGCAUCCUCAAUCCUUCUGUCUAUCAUUACUCUAUAGUACAGCAUCCUCGAUCCUUCUGGCUAUCAUUACUCUAUGGUACAGCAUCCUCAAUCCUUCUGGCUAUCAUUACUCUAUAGUACAGCAUCCUCAAUCCUUCUGGCUAUCAUUACUCUAUAGUACAGCAUCCUCAAUCCUUCUGGCUAUCAUUACUCUAUAGUACAGCAUCCUCAAUCCUUCUGGCUAUCAUUACUCUAUAGUACAGCAUCCUCAAUCCUUCUGGCUAUCAUUACUCUAUAGUACAGCAUCCUCAAUCCUUCUGGCUAUCAUUACUCUAUAGUACAGCAUCCUCAAUCCUUCUGGCUAUCAUUACUCUAUGGUACAGCAUCCUCAAUCCUUCUGUCUAUCAUUACUCUAUAGUACAGCAUCCUCAAUCCUUCUGGCUAUCAUUACUCUAUAGUACAGCAUCCUCAAUCCUUCUGGCUUUUAAUUUUUGUUAGUUUGGAGAGAUCCCUUUCAAACACAGUACUUUCUGAGUGACCAUGAUUAGACAAUGUUUCAUUUUAAUAUUUUUGUUGAGUUGGACAUAAUAAUGCAUUUUAUUCAGCCUUGGUCAAAGGUAUAACUAAACAAAGCCUAUAAUAGACUUAUUAGACGUUUCCAAAACUUACCAUGGCAACACAAUCCUGGCUUUUGAUUGUUCUAACUUUUGAUAUUGGCUAUUUCAACCAAAUUUGUUAUACAGAAGAAUUAGGGGAUGCUGAACAUCAUUGUAUAGGUUUUGUUGCUAUGACAACCAAGCUGAAGCACAAAGUGACUUUGAUUGGUCGAUUAUGACCAAAUUUGGUGUAUAGGGCUAUAAGGGGAUGCCAAACAUCACUGUAUAGACUUUAUUGCCAUGCAACAAUGCUGAUGCAAAUAGUGGAUUGUAUAUUUAGGUGAAUUAGGCACAUAAAAUAAAUAUUGACCUCUGAUUGUUGACAUUCAAAUAUCGUUUGAAAUGGGGAUUGAAAAUCUAUUGUUUCAUUUGAAAGUUUUUCAAAACUGCAGAUUGUUGGUUUGUUUAAUACAGAUAGUUUACGUACUUAGAUUCAAUCGUUUUGUUGUUUUAACAUCUAAUAACAUAAUCAUGAUAAAAAAUUGUAACUUAUUUUCAAAUGGAACUCAUAGAUAUGGUACAAUUAGUUUUUCUAUGAGGGCAUAGUUACCAUAGUUACCAAGACUUGGGAUUCUUCCUUAAUCCUGAUUUGUUGAUUCACUUUUCCUAACAUUUGUUGUUAUCGUUUUCUAUGAUUAUGAACUGUUUCUGGUAAACACUGAAUUAACUGAACAUUCCGUUAUGAAUUUGUUAUAGAAUUCCAAUAUUAUGUUGAGGACAAUUACUAAGGGAUGUUUCCAGUGAUUGUAACAGGAAUUUGUUUUAUGAGCAUGAUACAUUGGUUUGUAGAUAAUUUUAUGUGUACAUAAGAGAUAAACUGAUCAUUUCCUAA